UCCCCCCAUCACUGUGUCUUUCUCUUUUGUUUUGUUUCACUCUCUAAUAUUUCUUUUGCGUUUUUUUGUCUUUAUAAUUACAGUUUAUUUGCCGCUCAAACCAGCUCGUAACGAAUCUGCGAUCAAAAGCUUGUUAUUCCUGUAUCGUUUUUUGUUAUAUCGGAAGAUUCUUGAAGGUUGUUUGAACUUCGGAGAGAGAAAAGAGAGAGAGAGAGAGGGAGAGCGAAAAAUUUGCUGUAUGUCAGUAGAUUGUAUUGAGACUUACUGCGGUGGAUUUGGCGAGCUUGCGAACCCUUUACAAUGGCCUCAGCUAAGAAAAAGGCGACGCUUUUUUCAUCUGCCUCUUCCUCUCCCUCCUCCUCCUCCUCCCCUUCUUCGUGUUGCGCAGCCGACUCUGCUGUUUCCGCCGCGCCCGCCGCUGCCGCUGCUGCCAAUGUGGUGCAGGAGUGGACCGUCGCGUCUAGGGAUCGCCGCGACGAUCAACGCGCCACCAAAGCUGCCAUGGCGUCGUUGAUUCACCCCGUUGAUUCUCUUCCUGAUACUUCCACCGCCGCUCCUUCCACCAAAGGGAUCCAAAUAUUGCCGAGGGCUCAAACCAGCCAUCCUUUGGACCCGUUAUCUGCUGCUGAAAUCUCUGUUGCAGUUGCUACUGUCAGGGCUGCUGGAGCCACUCCCGAGGUAAGAGAUGGCAUGCGCUUUGUUGAAGUGGUUCUUUUGGAGCCAGACAAGCAUGUUGUUGCUUUGGCAGAUGCGUAUUUCUUCCCACCUUUCCAACCCUCUUUACUUCCCAGGACCAAAGGUGGUCCGGUGAUCCCUACCAAGCUCCCUCCGAGGCGAGCUAGACUGAUUGUCUAUAACAAAAAGUCUAAUGAGACAAGUGUAUGGAUUGUUGAGUUAUCAGAAGUACAUGCAGUAACUCGAGGAGGACAUCACAGGGGAAAAGUAAUAUCAUCAAAAGUAGUUCCAGAUGUUCAGCCUCCUAUGGAUGCUAUGGAAUAUGCUGAAUGUGAAGCCGUUGUAAAAGACUUUCCUCCAUUCCGAGAGGCGAUGAAGAAGAGGGGUAUUGAGGACAUGGAACUUGUGAUGGUUGAUCCUUGGUGUGUUGGUUAUCAUAGUGAUGCUGAUGCUCCUAGCAGAAGACUUGCUAAACCACUUAUAUUCUGUAGAACAGAGAGUGACUGUCCCAUGGAAAAUGGCUAUGCCCGCCCUGUUGAGGGAAUCUAUGUACUUGUUGAUAUGCAAAAGAUGAAGGUGAUUGAGUUUGAAGACUGUAAGUUUGUUCCCUUACCUCUGGCUGAUCCUUUGAGGAAUUAUACUCCUGGAGAAACAAGAGGUGGUGUCGAUCGAAGUGAUGUAAAACCCUUACAGAUUGUUCAGCCUGAAGGUCCAAGCUUUCGAGUUAAUGGGUGCUUUGUAGAGUGGCAGAAGUGGAAUUUCCGUAUUGGUUUCACCCCAAAGGAGGGUUUGGUUAUAUACUCUGUUGCAUAUGUUGAUGGUAGUCGAGGACGAAGGCCUGUUGCUCAUAGAUUGAGUUUCGUGGAGAUGGUUGUGCCUUAUGGGGAUCCAAAUGAUCCACAUUACCGGAAAAAUGCUUUUGAUGCAGGGGAAGAUGGCCUUGGAAAAAAUGCACAUUCAUUGAAGAAGGGAUGUGAUUGUUUGGGCUAUAUCAAAUACUUUGACGCUCACUUUACAAAUUUCACUGGAGGUGUUGAAACCAUUGAAAAUUGUGUCUGUUUGCAUGAAGAGGAUCAUGGGAUUUUAUGGAAGCAUCAAGAUUGGAGAACAGGUUUGGCAGAAGUUCGAAGGUCUAGGCGGCUAACAGUGUCUUUCAUAUGCACUGUUGCUAACUAUGAGUAUGGAUUUUACUGGCACUUUUAUCAGGAUGGAAAGAUUGAAGCUGAAGUUAAGCUUACUGGAAUUCUUAGCUUAGGAGCAUUGCAGCCUGGAGAAUUUCGAAAAUAUGGUACUAUGAUUGCCCCAGGUUUGUAUGCACCAGUUCAUCAACACUUCUUUGUUGCUCGUAUGGACAUGGCUGUUGAUUGCAAACCUGGUGAAGCUUUCAAUCAGGUUGUUGAGGUUAAUGCAAAAGUCGAGGAGCCUGGGGAAAAUAAUGUUCACAACAACGCAUUCUAUGCGGAAGAGACACUGCUUAAAACUGAACUGCAAGCAAUGCGUGAUUGUAACCCCUUCACAGCUCGCCAUUGGAUUGUGAGGAAUACUAGAACAGUAAACAGGACUGGUCAAUUGACUGGCUACAAACUUGUACCUGGUUCGAACUGUCUACCUCUAGCUGGCUCUGAGGCUAAGUUUUUAAGAAGAGCUGCUUUCUUGAAGCAUAACCUUUGGGUUACACGGUAUGCUCCUGAUGAGAUGUUUCCUGGGGGAGAGUUUCCAAAUCAAAAUCCUCGUGCUGGUGAAGGAUUGGCUACAUGGGUUAAGCAGGAUCGUCCUCUAGAGGAAACUGAUAUAGUUCUCUGGUAUGUUUUUGGAAUUACCCAUGUCCCUCGAUUGGAAGACUGGCCUGUUAUGCCAGUGGAGCACAUUGGUUUCAUGCUAAUGCCGCAUGGAUUCUUUAACUGCUCUCCUGCUGUGGAUGUCCCGCCCAAUGCCUGCGAAUUGGAUACCAAAGACAACGAAAUUAAAGAAAACGUGGUACCCAAGUCUACUCAGAAUGGUCUGCUGGCAAAACUCUGAGGAGGGAGGUGUGCCACAUCUCUAAACACAUUCUCUCUUUUUUACUCUCGGAACAUUCCAUCCUUGAGUGUCUGUAGAAUUUCCAUCUAUAAACCGUCUGCUAAAUUUGUUCCUGUUUCUGAGUGUCUUCUCUCUCUGUGUACAAGGAUAUGUUUGAAAUUACCGUUGUGAAUGAAAGGUUUGCUAUGAAUAUUUAUUGUAUUAGUCUACACAUGGAGGAAUGUUCCACCAUGUGCUGUGAGAACAUUUUCUUGGCCUUUUUUUUUU